AGUCACAGUCGUCACCAACAACAAAACUGUAUGUCAUGUCAGUAAAGUUCAUAAUAGGUUAUCAACCAAUGGUGAUAAAUUAAAAUAUAAAUAUCUUUAUGUGGAACAUAUUCAUGUGUGUAGCGGUGUAGAUUGUAGUUUAAUAUAAAUCAUGUCUAGUAAAUUUAUACGGACCCUUUUUUUUGACAUAAAUCGCAAGACUGGUGGAUCUCUAGAAUUAUAUCAAAAACAAUCAAAAUUGUUACUGCAUUCCAAAGUAACCUCUAAGUUGAACUGUAUAAGUAGAUCAUUACACGUGUCAACAACAAUGAGUAACAAAUUGCUAACUGGAAAUUUAUGGGAGACAGACCCUGAACUCUUUGAAAUCAUCAAAAAUGAGAAACAGCGUCAAGCUGCUGGUUUGGAGAUGAUUGCUUCAGAAAACUUUACAUCUGUACCAGUUCUACAAUGUUUGAGUUCAUGUCUGCACAAUAAAUACUCUGAGGGUAUGCCUCAUCAGAGAUACUAUGGUGGAAAUGAGUUCAUUGAUGAAGUUGAAAUUUUAGCUCAAAAACGUUCCUUGGAAGCAUAUAGACUCAAUCCUGAAGAAUGGGGAGUAAAUGUUCAACCUUAUUCAGGCUCUCCAGCUAAUUUUGCAGUAUACACUGGUGUGGUCGAACCACAUGGAAGAAUAAUGGGACUGGACCUUCCCGAUGGUGGUCAUCUAACACACGGUUUCUUUACACCAACAAAGAAAAUUUCAGCAACUUCCAUUUUCUUUGAGAGCAUGCCAUACAAAGUAGAUCCCAAAACUGGCUUAAUUGAUUAUGACAAGUUAUCAGAAACUGCAAAAUUGUUUAAUCCUCGUUUGAUAAUUGCUGGAAUGAGCUGCUACUCAAGGUGUUUGGACUACAAAAGGUUCAGAGAAAUUGCUAAUCAAAAUGGAGCAUACCUGAUGGCAGACAUGGCUCAUGUCUCAGGGCUGGUUGCUGCAGGUGUAAUACCAAGUCCUUUUGAGUAUUGUGACAUUGUGACUACGACCACGCAUAAAACACUUCGCGGUCCCCGCGCCGGUGUUAUAUUCUACCGCAAAGGCGUACGUUCCGUAAAGCCCAAUGGAACUAAAGUCAUGUACGACUUCGAGAGCCGUAUCAACCAAGCGGUAUUCCCAGGCCUACAGGGAGGUCCUCACAAUCACGCUAUUGCAGCUAUCGCCACAGCAAUGAAACAAGCUACUUCCCCUGAAUUCGUUGAAUAUCAGAAACAAGUUAUAAAGAAUGCACAACGUCUAUGCGAAGGUUUAAUUUCACGCGGAUACAAUAUCGCUACAGGCGGUACCGAUGUCCACCUCGCACUAGUGGACAUGCGCAGUGCAGGCCUCACUGGCGCACCCGCUGAGAGGAUCCUGGAGCUGUGCAGCAUCGCUUGCAACAAGAACACUGUCCCCGGAGACAAGAGUGCACUCAAUCCUAGUGGCAUCAGGCUAGGCACACCUGCUUUGACUACAAGAGGCCUCAAAGAAGCUGAUAUUGACAAAGUGGUAGACUACAUACAUAAAGCACUUAAUAUUGCUAAAGAAGUUGUAAAGGUGUCUGGGCCAAAGUUAGUUGACUUCAACAAAACUAUUGAAGAUAAUACAGAUUUCAAACAAAAAAUCAAUACUCUCAGAACUGAAAUCGAAAGUUUUAGCCGAGCAUUCCCACUGCCUGGUUAUGCUGAAUACUGAUAUUAGUAGCAUAUUAUGUAUCCACAUUUAUUUCAUUAAUAUCGUUCUUUUAUGCAUUUAUAUAGUGCCUGAUGUAUAAACUAUUAUGAUGGUAAAUCUCUUGCAUUCAUGUUCCUAUUUUAAGUAUAUUUUUAUAGAAAAAUAUAUUCGAAAUGUUAAAAACGUUAGACUAAGCAAAGGUUCAAUUUGUUAAGACUUCAAUAAACAUAUC